AUGGAGGAUUGGAUAUAUGUGGAGAGAAGGAAAAACAACAAAAAGAAAAAUCCCCAUGAGAGAUAUAUCGAAAUAGUAGGAGUAGAGAAGGCAGGCAAAAGUGAAGAACAAGAGAUUAACAAAAUCCUGUUGAGAAGAAGAACCAAAAGUCACAGCAAUAGCAAGAGGCACGGCAAUAGCAAGAUUCACAGCAAUCGCUUCUCUCCUUAUGUGCACGACACUGAUAAGUUACAUGGCGAGGAAACAAUGGAACCCUCGAUAGAGGAACAAAAACAAACAGAAAGGAUUUACAAUGAAGUAAAAAAAGUUAGCAACUGCUUAGAAAAGAGCAACUUUUUCGAAAAUUUUCAAAAAGAAUUUAUCAAAGUGGUUAAAGAGGGAAAUGUAAACAUAAAAUGUAUUAUUUGUUUGGGUCUGGGCUCUCUAACGGAUAUAAAUUGGAAUAACAGAAAAGCCUGUCUCCACCAGUUCAGUUUCAUAAUCCUGCUGAGAAAGAUAUAUAAUAUAGACAAAAUGUACAUUUAUGACCCAAAAAUUGGGAGUGUCGAUAAAAAUGUGUGUAAACGACUCAAUAUCCACGUGUUGUCAUGUUAUCAAGAAAUGAGUCGUAUGGGUGAAAUGCACCAAGGGGAAAGGGAUAGCCAUGGUGUCGAUAGUGGUGAUAAUGGCAAUAGUGGCGAUAAUGGCAAUAGUGGCAAUAAUGGAGACACUUCCACUUAUCAAGUUGGAGAUGACGAGACAAAUAUUCAAAUGGAAGGAAAAUGUGGAAGAGCUGUACACGUUGUUCCAAAGCCAAAUGCAAAUGAUCGAACGUUAUUGUUCAUGCCUCACUGUGAUGUGAGUGUGUAUGGCCAAGUGAUGCAUAACAUAUUUAGUUAUGAACUGUUGAGGUAUUCCAACAUUCAGUUUUCUCUUACUCUCGAAAAUACCAUUUUUCUUAGUAAUUCUUUUGAUUAUUACAAGGACCAUACCUACAUGUACAAACCAUUUGGAAUACCACAUUACGCCAUUCAGAUGAUAAGAAAUGGAAAAAAUAUUCCUAAGUAUAUCAAUGAAGUGAGGUUAAACAAUUUGGGGAAGCUGUUUAAAUUUGCCCAUUUUAUAUUUUACGUCUUCAAAUUUAUACAAGAGAAGAAAUUUCCAAUUUACUCUGAUCAUGUAUCAGCCUUUAAUGACCUGGCUAUCAUAACAUUUGAGACAAUACCGGAUAAGUUAACCUUUUGGUUAACCACUUUAGAAUUUGUAUGUACAGACGACCCCAAGUGA